AUGAUGCACUCAAGAGGGUUCGUACUGUCCGAGAACCAGGCUUUUGCCGGUCAGACCAAGACACCCGGUCCAUCACGUCUACAUGCCUCGCCAACACGCAAAAACAUGACCACAGGCAAGAAGGCGCUGGGUCAGUCGUCGAAGCUAUUCGGACAGGAGCCAAACUCUGCCGGCCCCAAAGAGCUGUUCAAGGACCUUGGGUCGUCGCGCUCUCCUGUCAAGGCGCUAGGAGAUCGCAAUGCCUCCAAGACGCCUGGUCCGUCGAAACUUGCACCGGGCCAAAAGGAUGCGUCGCCUCAAAAGGGAAGGGGAGCUUUGGGAAGCAGCAUGGAUUCUUCGCCGACCAAGAAGGGCUCCUCCCAGCUGAGUCCGCGCAAGGCAAGCACAUCAAACGCGCUCCGAUCCUUGAACGGAAAGCAGCGUCAGACGACCGAUCCUUUCAGCAAGCCAGGCCAGAGCGAUGCUUCUGCAGGUGCGUUCAAGACGCCUGCGCCCACACAGCUUGGCAAGGCAAGGUCGAUGAGCCGCCAGAACAGCUUCGUCACUCCAGCCGCCAACGUCGGACGAGCAGGUCAAAUCAAAGCGCGCAUGGGCGAGAUCAUGGAUGCCGAGAUGGGUCUUUCGUUGCAAAAGGGCGACAACGUCACGGGGCAGGUCACUGAACAGCCAGUGGUGCAGAUGAGUGAGGAGGAAAUGUAUCCCGAGAUCGAGUACAUGCCCCCCAGCUUGCAUGCCAAGCAUCCUGUCUUUGAAUUUCCCGACGAACUCGACGAUCUGCCCCGAGCCAAAGAGGUGGGUGCUCAGCUAUCCCGCCUCUCGACCCUCGGAAUCAGAGCUGGACAGCCUGACGAUCUGAGCGAUGUUGAAGUCUCGCCGAUGGAGAUGAGCGUCGACACCGAUCUGGCACCACCAACGCUCGUGCACGAUAGUGACGAUGAUGACCCGUGGCCGGAUGUUGUUGUGACGGAAGAUGUCGAUAUCAACCAGCCCCCCUCAGCUCGACCCAAGGCCAGCGUUGGCAAGGCGGCUUCCACCGCAGUGCCAUGGCCCAUGACGACAGCACGAACAUCGGGAGCAGUAGCGGGUCGCGCUCCCACGACGCUGGCAGCACCGCACACCUCUUCCGCACAGCGAGCGAUGGACAGCACAAGCACAAAGCCACGCACAGUCGCAUCUACGGCUGGCACACGCGCAGCUCUCGGCAAAGCUACGAGCCAACCGAUUGCGCGUUCCGUGGGCCUGCAGCGCUCCAUCGCGUCAGCACCUGGCACUCGAGCGUUGUCGUCGAGUUCAACCUCCGCAUCUCGUGCCGCGGCAGGUUCGAGAACAGCCACCGCGGCAGCAAGAGGCGUCGUCCGGCCGACUGCUAGCGCUCAACCCGCUGCGACUGUUGCACCAAGAGCGACGAUGCAGGCUACCAGCAGCAGAACCCCCACCAUGCAGCCAGCCCGGCAGUUUCCGACUCAGAAGCGCGUCAUCACCAGACUGAAUCCAAAGUUGAUCGACUUUGUGGAUGACGAUCUUGGCAAGCACACCGAAGCCGCGCUCGAUCGCUUGGAUGCAGACGAAGCACUCGAACCGCUGCAGCUGGACCUGGGCGACGAACAAGCAGGCUAA